UGUGUCGGACGGAUUAGCGAUAAUGAAACUGUUCUUAGCUGUUAUGGCCUGUUUGGCCCUGGCUCAAGCAGCCCAGCUCCCCUUCCAGCGCCCGAUGACCGUCCGUGAAGCUCAAGAAGUAGCCGCAAAGAGCCACUCCCGUAUCGUGAAUGGAUUCCCGGCAGAAGCGGGUCAAUUCCCGUAUCAGGUAUUUCUACGAGGAUUCUUGGCUAACGGUGGCCUAUCGUGUGGUGGUUCUAUUAUCUCCAACGAAUGGGUUUUGACUGCCGCUCAUUGCAUCACCGGAGUAGAACGAUUUGAAAUUGUCAUGGGAACAAUCAACAUUGGCUCUCCAGAAGUUCUGGGACACUCCACCAACUUCAUCAUCCAUCCUCAAUACAAUUCGAACAAUUUGAACAACGAUAUCGGACUCCUUCGACUCGACAGUCCAGUUACCUUUUCGCAAAACAUCCAGGCUGUCAACUUGCCAAGCGCAGACCGCACUGAAGAAACAUUCGUAGAUGUAAUCGCUACCGCGUCUGGAUUUGGACGGACCAGCGACGGCGGACCAGUUUCGAACACCAAAAACUGGGUUAACAUUCGCGUCAUCUCGAAUGCCGCUUGUCAAGCGGUCUACGGUUCCGCGGUUGUGAUUGAAUCUACCGUCUGUGGUACCGGAGCCGACGCCUCGAACCAGAGUACCUGCCAGGGUGAUUCAGGUGGCCCGUUGACAAUCCAGGAGGGUGGCGCUAGUUUACAAAUCGGAGUUGUGUCGUUUGUAGCAGCGGCCGGGUGUACCUCGGGCCAUCCAUCCGGUUAUGUGCGAACAACACAUUUCCGCAGUUGGAUCAACGAGCAAACUGGAAUCUAGAUACGGAAAACGGGAUUUUGUUUGCCUCUGAUGUUGCGAUGUAAAACAAUGAGAUGGACACGCAUUAAACCUGUAUCAUGACUAAUCUUUUUACUCCUUUCUAUAAGGGACGGGUUGGUUUAAGCUCAUUCCACUCGACUCAACGAAUUGAGAAAACAGAACUACAACAGAUCUCCAUGAUAUGUCUACAGUUUAAUAUAGUUUCUGAAGCUGUGUUUCGAAGAACGAUGAUUGGCAAAGUGGUACAAUCUUUCGAAAGUCAGCUCAGUUCAUUGGAGUCGCUGCGAAGUUGGUACUGUGACACGUAUCUUUGGAAUGAUGAUGGAAACGUACAUCGGACAUUGGAUUGAAACGCAAGAUAGAUCAAACAGACUUUACGAUGCUACAAAAAAAAUAUUUUUUACAAUACACCCGAGAAUCGAUAUAGAGGAAUUAUGCAUAUACUGGCUGACCCGUAGAACUUCGUCUCGC